AGACACCGACCAUUCAUUUUCUAUCCUUGUUUGAGAGUUGUGUGAUAUCAGUGUUGCUUUAAAAAAAAACCCACACACAUGCUUUGGUACACAGUGUUGACAAACUGCUGCCGUGAACGAAGAGCCUGAAGGACACACGCAUAUAUAAAAAUAUGUGUAAACUCAGUGGACGGAAGAUAGCGUUACAGUGAGUCAGUGACCAGCUACAGCAACAGUGACGCUGGCGGUGUAUGCUGUCCAAGUGAAGGUAGUUAAUCAUAAAUGGCAUCUUGCCUGUGUGAACUGUACAUCUGGUCUCUCAAAAGCCUGUAUGCAAUCCCAGAUCAGAUGGUAGGAUGUCAUGUCUACCACGAGAAAGGAGAGCAAGUUAAUACAUAUGAGAAUCCAUACAAUGAGGAGAAGCAACAUUUUACAGAAGGACAGGAUAUGACAUGGUCACCACGAAAUAAAAGGCCAGAGCGACUUCGUGACAGCAUAAAAGAAGUUGAGGAAUUGCUGAGUCAGCACAGAUGUCUACAGGUUCGAUGGCGAAGUCGACAGUUACUACAGCUGGUGCUCAGCAAUGGCUGCAUUAUUAGUCUGGCUGUCAGUGGCCAUUCAGGAGAUGUUGAUCGAAUCUUCAUUGACAAGUCUAUGGUGGGAAAGUUCAGCAGUGAUGUGGUUUGUGAUGUGUUCCUCACAGACCAGUAUAUGGUGGCAUGCCAGACAGAUAUACCUCGGGUAGAAUAUGCACACUUCACACGUCGCCCACCCCUGAAUGAAGCUGCAAAACGAUUGGACAAGCUAUCUACUUGGGAACCAAAGGUCACACAACUGGAUCCUGGUCCUAAAGGACGGCGCCUGGACCGGAAGUUCUCCAGUAAUAUUCAUCAAGACAUGCUUUUACUGUGGUGGUCAACGAACAGUGCUGAUCCCUGGCCCUGGAGUCCCAUGACCAAUGAUCUUGAGCGUGCUAAUCUUAUUGUCCUCUCUUUAAAUGGGCCUUUCAUUGAAGUUCUAACACACGGCAGGACUGAAAGUGAUCCUGUACACGCAGCCUUCAGCGGUAUUCAGCCACACAAGAUCUACACAGUAGAGCAAAGCUUCGGGCCACGAGGUGAAAUUACAGUCCGUACUUGCGUGCUGGAAAUUAUCCGAGGCAAAAUGCAGACAGCAGCAGUUGUGACAAUACCCCUCAAAGGAACAGUCAUUUGUCAAGCCAGGAACCCAGGGGAAGAUAAGCUGCUUCUGGGAUGCAGUGAUGGCUCGCUGGUAAUGUACAGCCAGCAUAAGAAGCUGACAUUUGUUACAAGAUGUGCUGUGGUACCAGCUUGUCUUGCCUGGCAUCCUGGGGCUAACCUGAUCUUUGCUGCCAGUAACCGGGGUGACAUUCAGGUGUUUGAUCAAGCACUUAAUCCUCUCAGGGUGCAGUUUGUGGCGGAAGAUCCUGAGCCUGAGAAAUUUCUUAAGAUCAGCUGUCUCUUCAGGACUUCAGUGACCCUAAAGAACAUUGAAUGGUGUAUGUUUGAUGCCCAGAGCUCGGAAUUCGUCACAGACUACAUAGAUGCCAUGUUUCUUAGCCUGGAAAAAGGUCCGCCAGCCCUUUUACUGCUGCAUCUUGGAACUAUGAGUCGUGAGAGGUUUUCUGCUGUGGAGCUCACUAAAGAGUACAUCAAACAUCGGCAGAUUGAUGAAGCAGUAAGUCUGCUAGAAAGUUUAAACUGGGACACUGAGGGCGCCAGUUGUUAUUCUUGUCUCUCUGCUAUUGUUAAUCACCUGCUGCGACAACCACUUAAUGCAGAGAGGGAAGCUCAGUUGCAGGCAACGCUAGCCACAUUCUAUGCUCCUAAGCCUCCAAUCUCUGAGGUAACAAUUGUGGAAUAUCGAGACCCCAUAUCACGUCUCGCUCGCCGCUUCUUCCACCAUUUGUUGCGCUAUGCUCGCUUUGACAAAGCUUUCUUGCUGGCUGUGGAUAUCGGAGCCCGUGAUCUCUUCAUGGACCUGCACUACAUGGCUCAGGAUAAGGGGGAAACAGCACUAGCUGAAGUUGCCAAACAUAAGGCUGAGCAGGUGGAUGCAGAAACGCAGGAUGUCCUGGACAUUUUGGAUGAGGGCUUGUCUGCAGAAGACAGAUUUGUGCAGCACAAUGGAAGCCACAAGCAGCUGCAGGAAGCUGCUGAACAGGAAAACAUCAUUGAUCAGCUUCCCUUGUCUCGGCAACACCCUUGGCAACAGGAGUACUAUCGACAAGGGGCAGGUGAUUAUCCUGAACAAACAAGAAUCCAAAGAAAUAGGGAGAUUGGAAAUUUAGCUGCUGCACCAACAGAUGACUUUUCUUGUUUCGACGAUCUGGGAUUGGACAACAACUUGAUAAGCGACUACACUGCAGCAUUAAUGGAGCCUCACAAGCAGAAACCAGGAGGUGAAGACAAUGAUAAGGAAAAUGGAAGAGGUACCCCAGGAAAAGUGAAAGUGAUUCAUUUUGGAAUUGUGUAGGGAAAUCAUGGAUCAUGCUCCAUUUUCAGAGCUGCACACCAAUAAGUCUCCCAGCUGCAGGAUUUUGCAUCAGAAGUCUAUGGACACAAUGUGUUUUAGUAUCAACAGACCAAUGGGAAAGAAGCAUAGAGUUUUAAAUAUAAAGUUAUUAAACAUUGAUGGCAAUCUGAACACUUGUUUCAACAGGUCUGGGUGUUGGAGAUGGAGUGUAUUGUAUAAAUUUUCUGCAGAUUGAGAUUCAUAGGCUUUAGAGGUUGACAUCAUGCAUUCAUUGUAUUAAGGGCCCAGAUGGGUAAAAGAGAAUGAAUGUUGCCACUGAAUAUUGAAUUGCUACAGUUUACCUGCCUGCACAGCUGCAUCAGGGUAAUGGUCAGCUGUAGUCCUAGCCUCAAAGUGCCUGUAUGAACAAUGCCACACUGACCAUAAGGUUUCCAUUUAUAAUGCAUAGUUCCAAGCUGAUGCAAUUGUUUCUCAGCGUGAAAUUGGUACGUUGCCAAACAAGCUCUUCAGUUUGAGCUGUACACACAUUCGUUCUGCUACGGCAGCAGAAAUUUUUAUGAGUCGAGUAGGCAUAACGACUGUUUUAGUGGGUAUAAGUGUAGGAGUACGAGUGCAUCAGUACGUUUGUUUGAACUUAUUGAAUAGGGUUAACGUUAUAUAUCUGAUGUUUUAUAUAUAAUAUAUAAUUAUUUUGCUGUUAAUAACAUUUAGUGUCUGCAAGGGGAGAAAAUUGCAAAUAACUGAACAAUUCCUCUCUCUCCUCCAAAAAUUGGCUAGAUGUUAAAAAAGUUUUACCUAUUUAUUACUUGUACUUACAUAGAACAGCAUGUGACAUGAACUGUUAACUAGUUGCAAAGCUUACUGUAGCUAAAUGAGUUGUAAACAAUUUUUACAAUAUUUAUGUUGUAUUUUAAAGGUUUCAGAUACUCUGGUUAUUAGCGACUGUGGUGGAAAUAAUAGUGUACUUAUAUUUAUAUACAUGUCUAGUAUAACAUUGUGUGUACAAAUAUAUAGUGUGCCUUGAACAUUGUACAUGCUCAUGUUUACUGAAAAGAAUUACAUGGUUGUGAAAACUUUGCAGGCCUGUGAAACUUGGCUGAAAAUUUCUCACUGUCCAUCUGCAAAUAAAGACUGUAACAGUUGCAUUAAGUGAUGCUUGCAGAUCUUCCCUUGCAAAAUAAAUUCCACUUGGUGGAAACUUUU